AGAAAUUGAAUCAAAAUUGGACUUGGCUGUUGGCGAUCUUCGGCAAGGGGAUUUUGGUGCCGUGAAAUUCAAUCGGACAAAUGGCGGGAGAUAAGUACAAUCUGAAGAAUCCGGCGGUGAAGAGGAUUCUGCAGGAGGUCAAAGAGAUGCAAUCCAAUCCUUCUGAUGAUUUUAUGAGCCUGCCUCUCGAGGAGAAUAUAUUUGAAUGGCAGUUUGCGAUUAGGGGCCCGGCAGAUUCGGAGUUUGAGGGAGGAAUAUAUCAUGGAAGAAUUCAGCUGCCUGCUGAAUAUCCUCUGAAGCCACCUUCAUUCAUGCUGCUGACGCCGAAUGGUCGGUUUGAGACCCAAACCAAGAUAUGCUUGAGCAUUUCAAAUCAUCACCCCGAACACUGGCAACCUUCUUGGAGUGUUCGAACUGCUUUGGUGGCAAUGAUUGCAUUUAUGCCUACUAGCCCGAACGGUGCACUAGGAUCAUUGGAUUACACAAAAGAGGAGAGGCGAGCUCUCGCAAUCAAAUCUCGUGUAGCUCCAAAAUUUGGAUCUGCUGAGCGCCAAAGUUUGAUUAAUGAGAUUCAUGAAUACAUGCUUAGCAAAGCAUUGCCCGUGCCCAAAGACACGGUAGUGAAGACUGGCAAUGAAGAGAAUGAGUUGGAGGGUCAGCAGACUCCUAACCAAGACACUGAGGGUGCUACUGAAACCGAAACUCAACCAGCUGAAGUUGAUGAGAUAGUUCAAGAACCUAAUGGGGUUCCUUCAAAUGUGCACGUUGCUGCUGAGGCAUCAAACUCGGUUCCUGCAAACGAGCAGCAGCUGUUGCAGAAAUCAGAGACGAGGGUCCCCAAGCAGGCCGAUGAUCGCCUACUCACAUGGGCAGCGCUGGGGCUUACAAUAGCUAUAGUUGUCCUUUUGUUGAAGAAGUUCAUGAAAGCUGAUGGGCAUGGUGCUGUGUUUUUGAAUCAGUCGUAGAUAUAUCCAGGCAAAAUGUGCUUUCUACUAGAUAUGGUUGGUCCUGUAUUUGCAAAAGGGGCAGAAUUUCUCUUCAUGGCUAAUGAGGAUAAUCUGUAAUCAAGUAGUUUUAUUGGCCUUUUCUUGGGUAUGUGUUUUUCUAAUAUUGUGGAUUUUGUAUAGAAAUAAAAAAUUAUUCUCGUUGUUGUUUC